CAGACAGUCAGAUGGAGGGGCUGUGAGAGCUGAACCCGUGACGGUCAUGAGAACUUCUCAAGGGCUUUCAGAGCCGCUCUGAAUCACAGCAGAUCCACAACCACAGCAGACGCUCUCCACAGUCACAGUGUACACUACAGUGGUUUGACGAUCAUGUCUUACGGUGGAUCAGGAUCAGUGUCUGGAGGAGAAUUCAGUGUUCAUUUCUCCAGCAGACGAGGAGCAGGAUUCAUCAGAGCUGAAGAGGCUGCAGGAAUCGCGUUACUGGCCGUGAUCCUCACAGCGCUGCUCAUUCUGGGAUGCUGGUACUACCGCCGACGGGGCGGGUACAAGAUGAUCCGGAGCGGAAGAGGCAACGGUCAGUCGUGGAGAGAGAUGAUGAGGACGGGUCAGUACAGCGAUUCUGGAUCCGGGGAGGAAAACAAAGUGGCCUUGAAUGAAUUCAGCAACCUGCAACCAGCGAUUCCCAACGCUCCUCCAGCCUAUGAGAAGAUCGUCUCUGGACCGUCACCUCCUCCUUACUCACCAUGAAGUCAGUCCCUAAAGAAGAAUCUGUGGAAAUCUGUAAUGUUUGGGUUUAAGAGCAGGAUGAACUGUCACAUGGCAGAAGUAAUGCAUCUCAAAACCUGAUCCUGAGGAUUCUUACCAAAGCUUGAGGACUGACACUAAAGUGCUUUUUUGAGUUUAAAAAACAUUUAAAUAAAGUUCUAGUUUAGUUCAAGGUAUAAAUGUUUUAAUGUCAGGAGGAUUGUCUUCUAACCUCCUGCUACUGAUGAUUUACUUUUAAACUAUAAUCCUUUUCAAACAUGUAUUUCUUUUCCAAGUGUAUCAUUGUAACAACAGUAAUGAAACUUGUACCUACAUAUUCCUUGAGCAGCGGGAAAUCUCGGGUAUACGAGGCAAACUACGUUUCUAUGAAGAGAUGCUGAGCUUCUUAUGCAGUGAACGGGCAUCACUGCACUGUGCAAACUGUUCAAUGCAACAGAAUAAAACAUUAAUGUAAAGCACAAA